UGUGUGUAGCCGGUCGGUGGGUGUGCAUUUUGUAUUAGCUGUGUCGUUGUAACGUACGAAAGAGACGUAUUUGUGGAAAAUUCUACAAAAAUGUCGGCGAAAUUUUGGGUGAUUGGGCUUCUUGGUGUGCUUUUGGCCACAUCAUUUGUGUCAGCCGCUGAGGAAGCAGAAGAUGAUGUCUUAAUUGAGGAAGACAUCGGGAAAAGCAGAGAUGGUUCCAAAACAGACGAUGAAGUUGUUGAAAGGGAAGAAGAAGCCAUCAAGUUAGACGGUCUAAACGUUUCUCAAAUGAAAGAGUUACGAGAAUCGGCCGAGAAGCACAUCUUCCAGGCCGAGGUUAACCGAAUGAUGAAACUCAUUAUCAACUCACUGUACAGAAACAAGGAGAUUUUCUUGAGGGAAUUGAUUUCCAAUGCAUCCGAUGCUCUGGACAAGAUUAGGUUGCUGUCACUUACUGAUAAGGCUGCGCUGGAUGCCACUGAAGAACUCGUCAUCAAAAUUAAGGCGGAUAAGGACAACCACAUGCUGCACAUCACAGAUACUGGAAUCGGUAUGACCAAAGCUGAACUUAUCGCCAAUCUUGGAACCAUUGCUAAAUCUGGAACCAGUGAAUUCUUUGAAAAACUCACGGAAGCGAAUUCAAAUGAUGCAGGUGAUCUGAUUGGUCAGUUUGGUGUCGGUUUCUACUCUUCCUUCUUGGUUGCUGAUACCGUGAUCGUCACAUCUAAACACAAUGACGACAAGCAACAUAUCUGGGAAUCAAAUGCUGGAGAGUUCACUGUUAUUGAGGAUCCCCGUGGUGACAGCUUGAAACGUGGUACAACAAUCAGCUUGCAUCUUAAGGAGGAGGCUUAUGACUUCCUGGAGCCUGACACCAUUGAGAAGUUGGUCAAGAAGUACAGUCAGUUCAUCAACUUCCCCAUCUACCUGUGGGCAAGCAAGACUGAAACAGUUGAGGAGCCAAUUGAGGAGGAUGAAGAGGCAACGGAGAAACCCGAAGUAGAUGAGGAUGAGGAUGUUGAAAUUGAGGAAGAGGAAGAAAAAGAGGACAAACCAAAAACAAAAAGCGUUGAGAAGACAACUUGGGACUGGGUUCUGAUGAACGCCAACAAACCUAUCUGGACCCGCAAUGCCAAAGAGAUCACAGAUGAUGAAUACAAUGAGUUCUACAAGUCAUUCACAAAAGCCAGUGAUGAGCCAUUGUCUAAGACUCAUUUUACCGCCGAGGGUGAGGUCACCUUCAGGUCAAUUCUCUUCAUCCCCAAGUCAGCCCCACCACAGAUGUUCUCUGACUAUGGCAAGAAGUUUGAUCACAUCAGUCUCUUUGUAAGGCGUGUGUUCAUCACCAACGACUUUGAGGACAUGAUGCCUAAAUACUUGAACUUCGUCAAGGGAGUCGUGGACUCUGACGAUCUUCCUCUGAACGUCUCUAGGGAGAUGCUGCAACAACACAAACUCCUCAAGGUCAUCAAGAAGAAGCUGGUCCGAAAGACCCUUGACAUGAUCAAGAAGAUGGACUCUGAAGAGUACCUUGAGAAGUUCUGGAAGGAGUACGGCACCAACAUCAAGCUGGGUAUUAUUGAGGAUCACAGCAACCGUUCCCGUCUCGCUAAGCUGGUUCGUUUCUCUUCCUCCAAUUCUGAGGAUUCAGUCACCAGUCUCGCUGAUUACAUUGAGAGGAUGAAGGACAAACAGGAGUACAUUUAUUUCAUGGCUGGCGGCAGCAGGAAAGAGGUUGAAUCAUCUCCAUUCACGGAAAGACUCAUUAAAAAGGGAUAUGAGGUUCUGUAUCUUACUGAGCCUGUGGAUGAGUACACCAUUCAGUCACUCCCCGAGUAUGAAGGCAAAAAGUUCCAGAACGUGGCCAAGGAGGGCCUGAAGAUCGGCGAGGAGUCGGAGAAGGCCAAGGAGAGGAGGGAAGAACAAGAAGAGAAAUUUGAGCCACUUACAAACUGGCUGAAGGAGACCGCACUCAAGGAUGAGAUUAAGGAUGCUAAAAUCUCGCAGAGACUGACGGAAUCUCCAUGUGCCCUCGUUGCCAGCCAGUACGGAUGGUCUGGAAACAUGGAACGCAUCAUGUCGGCUCAGGCAUACGCAAAAACUGGAGACUCAAGUAACAAUUAUUACAAAUCACAGAAAAAGACACUGGAGGUCAACCCUAGACAUCCUCUAAUUAAAAAUCUGCUCGCCAAGGUGGAGUCAGACCCCGAGGACGAGACGGCAAUAGAUCUUGCCAACGUCAUGUAUGAAACAGCAGUACUCAGGUCUGGCUUCAAUCUACCAGACUCGGCUGGAUUCGCUGGCAGGGUGGAGAGAAUGCUCCGACUUAGUAUGAAUAUUGACCUGGAUGAGAAGGUUGAUGAAGAGCCAGAAGAUGAGGAGGACCCAGAGGAGCCAAGUGAAGAGGAAGAGGAGGAAGAAGAAGAUGAAGAGGAAGUAGAAGAUGAAAUUAAAGAGGAGACACCGGAAGAAACGGCAGAAAAGGAAGCAGACCCUCAAAAGGAUGAGCUUUGAGGAAAAGCAGAUAUAGUUUCUUUAUAAAAGUCACCUUGUCUUCAUGUGGGUCAGUAAAUGGAAGACAAUUUAGCAUUAUUCUUUUCUAUAAAUUAAAAAAAGAUAAUGACAUUAUGAGUACACUUUUAUUUCAUCCUUUCCAUUGAAAGUCACAAUAUUCUUACCAUUGUUGUUUAAAGAUGCACAUCUCAUGUGGUUAGCUGCAUUAUGUGACUGGAUAUAAAUUGAAUUAAUUUAUUCUUUGGAUUUUCUUUCCAUUUCUCAGUCCUAGAUUAUACUUCGUCACAAAGUGUUUGUUUUUGUCGAUGGGAAAAGUCUUCAGAUUUGAGCAGAGAAAUUAUAUGAAAUAUGAAUUCACUUUUCAGAUGUGCAUCUUUACGAACUGUCAAACUGUACCACAUUCCCAUGUAGUGUUCCUUUUUUAGAUUUUAAACUUGUUUCAUACCUUUGAUGAAUCUCUUAAAAUUAUAUUUAAAAAUUACAAAUUAAAAAUUAUUUGAUAUUUUGUUCUGGCUCAAAUUGUAUUUUGUGUUGUAUCAAGACUAUGUGCCUGGACUUGGUUUGGGAUCUUGCACCCCUAGGGUGGUUCUGUGGGGAACCGUGACAAGUGUUUCUUGAGGAACUUUUGUGAGAAUUGUAGAAGAACACAAGUGAACCUCAUGAACAAAGCAAACACCCACUUUGUCAGAGAUAGAUUAUCCUGUUCACAAAUAUCACAGUUAUGCAGGUGUUUUUUGUUUUUUUUCAAUCAUUGUCUUUUUCAGACAUUUAUGGCAAUGCAGUCCAAGUAUGCACAACCAAUGUUUGUUUGUGGUAAAUCUUUGUAUGAAAACUAUGUGUUUAUUCACACUGUGAUAUCUACUUAGUAAAUUCAUUCAAUUUUCAGGGUUGAUGCUUUGUAAACUUUGCUUUUUGUAUAAAAUAAGGAAACAUAAAUGGAAUGUGAGGUAAAACAAAGUCAACAAUGUACAUAAAUGUGGCCAAGUCACACUAAUGGGUUAAAAGAUAACUUUGUAAAUGAGGCGUGAGACAAAUGUAACUUUUUUGUCGCAGUCUUUUCCUGUACAUUCAAAAGCUGUUCAUGAUUUUUCAUUGCAAAAAUAAAUAAAUUGACCUUAAGAAGUUACAAGGUCAUAUAUUACUACAAAACCACGUUCCCCUCAUAUGUUACUCUUUUGUGCACAUCAGUGUAGAACCACCCACAUAUGUAUAUUGCGCCACUGACCUAUGACAUUUUGAUGAAUGCAAUCGAUGUGUAACACUUGUGGAAUAUUGAAGUGUGUGUAGUACAAUGGCACAUUGUCCGUGUUUUGUAUAAAAAUAGGAAAUAAAAUGGUACACCACUUAAAA